AUGGCUAAAAAAUGCGACUUUCUAGCGCAGGAGCAGUUACUACUCGGACUACGAAGGAAGUGGCGAGACCGUGGAACCUUAGCCAUGACUGAAGCAGAUGUAAAUCCGAAAGCCUAUCCCCUCGCAGAUGCCCACCUCACCAAGAAGCUAUUGGACCUUGUUCAGCAGUCCUGUAACUAUAAGCAGCUUCGUAAAGGAGCCAAUGAGGCCACCAAAACCCUCAACAGAGGCAUCUCCGAGUUCAUUGUCAUGGCUGCAGAUGCCGAGCCGCUGGAGAUCAUCCUGCACCUCCCAUUGCUUUGUGAAGACAAGAACGUGCCCUACGUGUUUGUACGCUCCAAGCAGGCCCUGGGACGGGCCUGUGGCGUGUCCAGGCCGGUCAUUGCCUGCUCGGUCACUAUCAAGGAAGGCUCGCAGCUGAAGCAGCAGAUCCAGUCCAUCCAGCAGUCCAUCGAGAGGCUGCUAGUCUAA